AUGCAGUACCUGCAGACCAUGACGGCUCAGAGUCCAGAGCAGGACGGACUGGCUGCCCUGCGACGGCUACUCGACCCUGACCGUCAGGACCCUCAUGUGAGCAGAGAGUCUUUCCACGCCACCAUGAGGGAGUGGAUUGCACAGUGCAGCCAGGACAGUGAUGGUAAAGACCUUUUAGGCACAGUGGCCGAACUGAAGCAUGCUCACCGCAAGCUAAGUGAGCAGAACAGCAGCCUGCUGAGGACGGUGGGUCAGUGUGAAGACGUAAACCUGCAGCUCACUCUUGAGGUCACUGAGCUGCGAGCAAAGCUGGCCAGUGCUCAGGGGUCAACAGUGAGAGCCAGGUCCCUGACAGAAGAACUGGAGGAGACCCGUCGAGCGUUCAAAGAGGCCCAGGAGAGAGUCAGCCGCAAUCAGAGCAGCUGCAACCAACUGAGCAAGGAGGUUGAAUGCCUGAAGGUUCACAUUAGGAGGCUUGAAGACAAGAAUGAAAAACUCAGCUUUGAAAGGACAUGUUCUGAAGAUAGCAUGAACAAACUCAGGAAGGUCAACGCUGAGUUGAGGGCCGAACUUGAGGAAACCCUGGUUAUGUUGACGCUGAGAGACCGAGAAAUUGCAAAGAAAGACAUUCUUAUGGAUAAGAUGAAGAACUCUCAUCUGGAGAAUCACAACAUGAUUGAGGGUCUGCAGUCAGAGCUGGUGAGGUUACAGGAACAUUCACACCAUCUUCUUUUGAGGUAUGACAGAUACUGUAUCAGUCCUCAGAUUCUCUACAGUCGAGAUCCUCCAAACCACCGCUCUCUGCAGAGCGAGAUGCAGGAUAUGCAGCAGCAGCAUCACAGAGAUCUGGAAGACAGAAGCCUCACUUCCCUACACACACACAACGAUGAUAUUCAGAGCAUCAUCCACAGGAUCAAGUCUGCAGAAAUAGCUCAUCUUCUGCACAAUAAGUAUCCUGAGAGGGACUCUGCUCCUGUAGAAACACAGGAGAGGCCUUUUCCUCACCGCCAGCAGCAACAGGCAAGCAUCAAGCAGCAGCUUGUCAAUGUGCUGCAGGAGCUGGAGCUGCACAAGUGUGUGUGGGAGGAGAAAGGAGAGAAGGUGGAGGAGCGGUGGAGAGCCUGGGAGAAGGAGCAAAGACAGAGCCAGACUCAGAUCCAGGAGGCCAAGAAGGUGGCUGUGGUGAACUGGUGGAAAGCCCGCAGUGUGGAGGGGGCUAAGGAUCGGACAAAAGACACCCCGUCAGGCCAGGAGACCCCUGAGACACAAGUGAAGCUCCAGCAAGCAGAGCAGACGAUCACUGAUAUGAGGGAGCAGGUUUGCCUCCUGCAAACCUCUCUAAGAUCUGCACAGGAGUGUGGCGCAGAGAAGAAGAACAGCGGUCUUCAUAUCGACAAGGGAACCAACACUGAGAGAGAAGAACCAGACAGAGCCGUGAAGAAGGAUGUGAAGGAUCAGAGGGAUGCAGCAGUGGCCACGGAUAUUACAAGUGGAGCAUCAGAGCAGGAGCAAACCCAGCUUCGGGUGACCGCAGACGGCCUCCUGGAGACCCUCAGAAGGAUGGAGGCGAUGGUCAACGCCGCCCUGGAGACCGCCGAGCUGGUGAGAGAGAGCGAGCAGAGGGUGAGCCAGGUGAGAGUGAGGAUGGAGAGCAUCACUCAGAUGGUGGAGGAAGCUCUGGUACGAGCAGACGAUACUGACGAGCAGCUGAAUGUUCUGGAGGUCAGGAUCACAGAAAAAGAUCAAACUCAGUCUCAAUGUCCCAGUCUGCCAGCUGAUCCUGGAACAGAUGUCACAGGAUCUGAUGCUGAAUCCGAUGUGGCGCCUGAAGACGGAGAAGGUCUUCCUCCAUCUCCUGUAAUCCCAGAAGUCAGUGAUCCUCCACAGCUACCUAUGAAUGGUGGCACAGAAGGAGGCAGCUGCAGCAAGCUCCAGGAGGAGGAGGAACACUUCCUGCAGGGAUCUCCUCCUGAGCAAAGUGAUCAUAACUCCGAGGAGUCCUGUGCUGCCCCCUGCACUGUUGAGAAACCUUUUAUUUUCCCCCACACUCGCUCACGCCCCCCACUGCUCCCCGCCAUGCCCACUCUGCCUGAGGAAGAGGAGGAUUCCCCCGAAGAGCUGGACAGUUCAUCAAGCUCUCCCAGUACAUCUACACCAUGCAAAAUUCAAGCUGUCGUCAUGACUGCCCCGACCAUCGUCUACCCACAGCAAGCCACUAUUGUCCAACAAGAUGGACGUCCUCUGGAGCAGACCAGGCCACACAGUCCCAGAGCUCGCCUGGCCAGAAACUCCUCUGGAGGACCCAUCACCACUGUCGACAGCACAGGUAAUGUGAUCGACCUGGUGAAAGAUCAGCUGCCGGAGCUGCAGCUCUCUGAUGAGGAUCGACAGAAGAACCUGGAGCUGCUCCAACAGGCCAAGAAGGUCAGCGACCGUUUCCUGACACGCCGUGGCCGCCGCUCCCUCACUGACUCACCCACAGGUCUUUCUCCUACUCCAACUCCGUCAUCCUCACCGUGUUCGUCUAGAAGCAGCUCACUGAUUGUUGUUCCUCAAACUGCUGGAGGACCCACAGAGGCAACCUAUGUCAACUCACAGUUGGUUGGGCAGCAUCUGGAAAUUCCUUCAGUGCGAGAUCAGUCUGACCUGACGACACAGGAUCAAGAGGGAAAGAGACUGUUGGUGGACUGGAGGCCCACUGAGAAGAGGAAAGUGUCCUCUGGGACUCUAACACCCCGUUUUGCUGUUCAGAAGGAGAACUGUGAUCCUGCUGUACCGAAAAGUCCACCAGCAGUCGGUAAAGCAGAUGAGGGAUCUGGUCCAGGUCGAAACCCCAACCAGGCCCCGGCCACAGGGGUGGCCAAGCCCGUCCCUCGACCCCCUACUCAACAGGCCCCCUGUACAGCAGAGAUCAAGACCAUUGGGGCCUUCCCUCCACUAAUGAGGGCUGUUUCCUGGGAUGCUGUUGGCACCCUCAAUUCUAGAAAUGGCGCCCCAAGUUUUCCUCCUACAGCGGAGGAUACCCUCUCAGAAAAACCCAGGGAUGCUGCCUUUAAGUCCUCAGGGUACAAGGACCUCCCCGCACAGCAGGGAGGUGUUCAGAAACUGUCUAAAUUCAGAGAGGAGCACAAGCUGAUGCGUAACCAAAGCAUAGUGGGAUCCAAGUUACCGGACUUGAGUGAAGCUGCUGAACAGGAAAGAGGAGCUCCAUCUUCUCCAAACUCAUACAGUAGUGAGGAGGCAAAGGAGAAGUGCGACUCCAUGCCAAACAUUUCAGAUGUGAUGCUGAGAAAACUCAAACUCCACCGAGGUCUACCAGGCUGUGCGCCCCCUCUCACUGAAAAAGAAGUGGAGAAUGCAUUUGUCCAGCUGUCACUGGCAUAUCGAAAUGACAACUACACUCUGGAGAUGAGGCUCAAACAGGCAGAGAGGGAGAGGAACUUGACUGAGGAAGACACCGAAAAAGAACUGGAAGAGUUCAAAGGAGCCCUGAAGAUGACUUCACCACAGUGGCAGAACUUGGAGCAGCGUGAGGCCUACCAGCGCCUCAUAGAGACAGUAGCAGUGCUGCACCGGCUGGCCACGCGGCUCUCCAGCAGAUCAGAGAUCGUCGGAGCAGUUCGACAGGAGAAACGUAUGAACAAGGCCACCGAGGUCAUGAUGCAAUAUGUGGAAAACCUGAAGAGGACGUAUGAGAAGGACCACGCAGAGCUGAUGGAGUUUAAGAAGCUGGCCAACCAGAAUUCAAAUCGCACUUACGGAGGGUCCAUAGACACUGGAGAUGAUGGAGUUCCACGGCCGUCAAGAUCAAUGUCCCUCACCCUGGGAAAGGCUCUGCCCAGACGUAGGGUGAGCGUAGCAGUGGUGCCUAAAUUCAACCUCCUGAACAUCCCAGGUCAGACCCCAGCCACAGCCGGCCCAGGCCCCAACGUGGGACCAACAGCCGGUGCUGCUCUUCCUGUCCUGUGUGAAGCGAACGAUGCGAAAGGCAACGCUCCCACAGAGGCGUCACAACCAGCAGCAGAAUGUGGAAAGAGUGUGUCGGAGCAGGAAAGUCUGCCAGCCAAGCCUCCAGUCAACUUAGAAGAGAUGAGAGCAGAGAUCAGAGCCGAGCUCAAGGCGAAGAUCGAGGAGGAGUCAUAUAAUAAAGGCUUCCAAGAAGGCCUGAAGCAAAGUAAAGUGCUCCAAGAGGAGAAGCAGGAAGAGGAAGACUCUGCAGAGAAAUUGCUGGAAUCGAAAAAUAAGGAUGAGGAGAGCGGAAAGAAGAGAAGGACGAGCAGGAGGAUGGAGGAGGUCCUGGUUCUACUUGGUCGGUUUUGUCCCAAGAUUCCCUUUAGUCGAAGACUUCUCUGGAUCGCCCUGACACUGUUUGUGGUGAUGUGUGUGGUUAUCAGUAUUUUUACAUUCUUCAGCGACUACUACAACAGACGAGAGGACACGUAAGCAGGGACGGACUUUUGUGCGAGGCGAGAUGAAGAUUUUUGGACUAAGUGUAGGAGAACAACCAAAGUACAGAAUAACUGAGGCAGUCGUCCUCUGUCUCUGACAGUUUACCAUAUCACCGCACACGGACUCACUUGAAUCCAUGACCCUGACUCUUGAGGGCCGAAGAUGUUUUGGGAGGCUUUACGGAUAAUGUUGCCUUUGUUAUAGUUAACAGUUCAUUUUUAUUAAGUUAUAAUUUUGUUUGGAUUGAAAAAAAUAUUGUUUGCUGCUGUGAGAAAAAAAAGAUUCUGUUUAGGGACCAAUUAUAUGGUGUGAUGUAGUGCAGAUAUAUAUAUACAUUUUCCAUUAAAUGCUGCGGUAGAAAAAGUGUAUAUUUAUCUACACUGUAAUGUAAAAUUAUAAUCUCUCAGGUCCAAUAGAAAAUAAAGCCCCUUUGAGAUUUAACUAAUAUUUAAAGAUAUAGAAUAUAAAGGAAUGUUUUGUUUUAUUUCUUUAAUGUGUAUUUAAAUACUUUCAAAUAUAAGCACAUUCCAAAGUAGUUCCUUGAGUGCAAUAUUUUGCAGUUGAUGGUUCUUGUUUGUGCCAUAUUGGAUUGUGUCUUCAGAGCACUGACAGAUUUCUUCUUGUAUAAGAGCACUGAUUAGAUGGAAUGAGGCUUAUCUUUAUCUUCUUUGCAUAUGUGUGCCUUCUUUGUUGUUUAUUCUUUGUGGAUUUGAGGAUCUGCCACUUCACCUUUAAAUAAAGGUGCCUG